AUGAUCCUCACUGCUGUGACGUUAUUUGCGUUACUCCUUUCCCCAGUUUUUGCCAUUACAAGCUGUGCAUUCAGCGAUUCCUCCUGUCUUAGUACUGGUUCCAAUAUCACUGACUUUACUUCCAGUGACCUGAAAACUUAUCAUGAAGCAGCCUCUUAUUCUGCAUUGGGUUCCUAUUCAUCAUGGGGUGAUUAUAUCACUAUUCAAAGUGGAGAAUCAUUGUUUAUCAAAAGCUAUCUCCUUGUUAAAGCGUCUGGAACUCAUACCUUUUAUCUUUAUUCUGACGUAGCUAUCGGUGGAUGGGUUGGGGCGGAGAAUGCUUUUGCUUGUGGUCACUUGACUCACCAGGCCGUUACUGCUGGUGCAGCUGCCGGUAUUGGCACACCAUUCUUUGAUGCAGCUUCAGGAUUUUACACUUAUACAAUUUCACUAACUCCAGGAUACUAUCCUAUGAUAGUUCAAGUUAGUGAUAAUCUUCCACCUCCAGGUACAUUUACUUUCACAAUAACUGAUCCUAAUGGUGAAAAAAUCCAGGACACCAAUUUAUACGCUCCUUCUGUUGAUGAUUCUGUUUGUUACGUUGCUCCUGUUUCUACUUCUUCUACAUCAACUACUUCCACUUCCACUUCCACUUCUACAACUUCUACACCAACUACUUCUACAUCAACUACUUCUACAUCAACUACUUCCACUUCAACCUUUACUUCUACCACUUCCACUACUAGCCCAAUUUCUAUCCCUUCUAAUGCAACAACAUUCACUCCAACUACUUCUAUUUCAACUACCCCCAUCUUCAGCACUUUUAAUUCCACUACUUCCAAUUCAAAUUUAUCUUCUUCGAUGACUUCAACUUUAAAUCUUUCAGCCUCUACCACUCUUAGUUCAAUAAAUUCUACAACUUCUAGUUCAAUUAAUUCUACCACGGCCGUUUCUUCUAACACCUCAACUGUCACCGUAACUUCAACUGCAUCAAAUGAAAUCACUUCCUUUAUCAACACCGUACCUGUUACUGGUACUCUCCCAACAGACGUCGAAAAUGGCAACACCUCUUCUUUAUUUAAUUCUACUAAUAUUAUUCCUGUCACUUCUACUAUGAUAAAUCCGAUCUCGACUUCUUCCAUCUAUUUGACUUCUAAUUCAAAUGUUUUCAAUUCAACCACUUCUGACUUAAUGAAUUCCACAUCAACUACCUAUAACUUUUCCAACUCCACUUUACCUAAUACUAGCUCUAAUUUAACAACUUCUACCUCAAAAACAACUGCUUCCACUACUAAUAUAGCAUCCACCACUUCCACUACUAACAUAGCAUCUACCACUUCCACUACAGUGAUCUCUAUUUCAAAUACCUUCAUGUCAUCUAACUCCACUCCAAUAACACUCGCUCCCGUUACGAAUACUACAACUAUCACUUUCAACUCUUCUUCUUUAAUGGAAACUAAUGCGGUCUAUAAUGGUACUGCCUCCACUGAAAUUACUUUGCCAACAAGUAUUGUCAACUUCAACAACUCUUCAUUAACUACUUCUACUUCUACCUUCAAAAUUUCCAGUGCAGUGACAUUUAGCUCAACUAAUUACAUUAUAACGACUUUAAAUUUUAGUGCUUCUACUUCGAGAAGUUUUAGCUCAUCUGUUACAGUCUCCAACUCUUCCAGCUCACACAAUGCCACUUCUACCUUUAAUAUUCCUAGUAUUACUACUUCCGCCAUCACCUCCAUCGAUUAUUCCACUUCUAUCGGAACGAAAAAUACAUUUGAAGGAAACCUCUCCUCUUUGGAUAUUCUUCCAACUACUGAUGAUGUAUCUUUUCAAAUUACAAGUAUCAAGACCUCUUUUUCAAUCUUGAAUGCUUCUUCAACCAUGAGCUCAGACUCUUUGAAUUUUGCUUCUUUGUCCACUACUACAACGGGGUUUCUAAAUACUGUUGCUCCUUUUUUCAGAAACUCUACCACUACUAGCUCUGGUUCUUCUGGAGCUGAUGCUUCAAUGGUUACCUCCAUUGUAGUUACGGAAAUUGACGCUACUGUUUUGCACACCAUAACCUCCUGCGGUACAAAGACUUGCUACCCAAUUGUCACUAGCUCUGUCUACAAAACUAUCACUUCAUAUACUACUUACUGUCCAUUGACUGCUUUGAAAAGCUCAGUCUCUGGAUCUGCCACUGGUUCGGAAUAUCAGUUUGGUACAAAAGCUUCUGAUAUCCAAACAAAAAGUUCAAAAUUAUCUGCAGCUAUCUCUGGUUUUGAGUCCUCAACUUGUGUCAGUGCAUCCAUCAGCUCUGAAUCAUCAAUUACAGCUGCUGGAUCCUCAAGUGAAGGCCCAUCGGUAACUACUGUCAAGUCAUAUUCCCUUAGCUUCACUGGAGAUUAUGCAUAUUCAGGCUCUUCCAUUAACCCUGCCGGCUCUUACUCUACAUCUACAGUUGAGGAAUCUCAACCAAAUGGUACUUUCUCUCCAUCAUUUGAUAUUAAGCAAGCUAAUAGUGCAACCACUCUUUUUGAAUCAAGUAUUUUGGCUAUGAUUUUCGUUGGACAUUUAGUUUUUUUUUUCAUUCCAGUUUGA